AUGCCUGACGAGACCCCUUCCUUUGACAGCAAGGGAAUCGGUGACAAAGUCGACAAUGACAAGGCAAAGGACAAUAUAACAGCGGUUGCGGAUGGAGAAGCCAAGACCAGGACCCCGUCGAUGGCCGAUUACUUCAGAGUCUUCCGCUACGCAACCAAGUGGGACUUUGCCGUCUACGCCGUCGCCGCUCUGGCCUCCGUCGGCGCCGGCGUGACCCUGCCGCUCAUGAACAUCAUCUUCGGCCAGCUCGUCGGCCAGUUCACGGACUACUUCAACCCCUCCAACCCAGACCAGAUCGACCGCGCCGCCUUUGAGCGCCUCCUCAACCGCCAGGCCCUCUACGUCUUCGCCCUCUUCGUCGGCCGGUGGGGGCUCAACUCGGUCAACAAGUUCUGCUUCCGCAUGAUCGGCAUCCGCCUCUCCUCCGCCGUCCGCCUGCACUACCUGCAGGCCCUCUUCGCCCAGCCCAUCCACGUCAUCGACGCGAUGCCCCCCGGCGCCGCGGCCAGCACGAUUACCUCGACGUCCAACACCCUGCAGAUCGGCAUCUCGGAGCGCCUGGGCACAUUCUUGCAGUUCAACGGGACCAUAUGGUCUGCGCUGAUCGUCGCCUUCAUAUGGAGCUGGGACCUGACGCUCGUCACCUCGUCGCUCGUGCUGUACACGUUCAUCGUUCUCGCAGUGAUGAUGCCUCCCAUCGUCAAGGCGCAGAGCGCCAGCGUCGAGGCCGACGUCCAGGGAAACGCCGUUGCCAGCGAAGCCCUGGGUGGAAUCCGCCAGGUCAUGGCGGCCGGUGCGCAGAGGCACGUCAUCGCAAAAUACAACGAGUGGGUGGACGAGGCGAGGAAGAGGGCGAUGGGUUGUGUGCCACCGGCGAGUCUGCAGUUUGGCCUGAUGUUCUUUGGCGUCUUCGGCGCAUUCGGUCUAGCUUUUUGGUACGGCACGCAGCGCUUCAUUGCCGGCGCCUUGCGGGAUGCCGGCGUCGUCAUCGUCGUUCUCAUGUCGGUCAUGAUGAUCUUCACCUCGCUCGAGCGCAUCGCCACGCCUCUGUUGGCGGUCAGCAAAGCCAUGGUUGCCGCAUGCGAGUUCUUCACCGUCAUCGACGCUCCGCUGCCCCCGUCCGGUACGCUCAAGCCGGACAUUGCGGGCCAGGAUAUCGUCUUUGAGGAUGCCCAGUUUGCAUACCCGAGCCGACCUAGCACUGUCAUUCUCGAAGGGCUGAACUUGCGCAUCCCCUAUGGCAAGAACACCGCCAUCGUCGGCCCGUCCGGCUCGGGCAAGAGCACCGUCGUUGCACUCCUCGAACGUUGGUUCUCCUUGAGGCAGCCCCAUAUUCUUCCCCGGGUUGUUGCGGCGGCCCCACAACAAAAUACAAGAAAAAGGGAUAAGGAGAAGGCCGACCAAAACACGAAGGAAGAGCUGACCCCCACCAGCGAGGAAGAGAAGCAGGCCGAGCCCACCCCGUGUAAGCUGUCCGGCAGCGUUAAGAUCGGCGAACACAACCUCGAGGACUUGGAUCUCAAGUGGUGGCGCGCACAGAUCGGCCUGGUCCAGCAGGAGCCCUUCCUCUUCAACGACACCAUAUACUGCAAUGUUGCAAACGGCCUGAUCGGCACUCAGUGGGCGGACGAGACAGAAGAGCGCAAGCGAGAGCUGGUGAAGGAAGCAUGCCGAGAGUCGUAUGCCCACGAAUUCAUAAGCCGCCUGCCAGACGGCUACGACACCCGCGUCGGCGACGGCGGCACCAAGCUCUCGGGCGGGCAGAAGCAGCGCAUCGCCCUCGCGCGCAGCAUCGUCAAGAAGCCGACCAUCAUGAUCCUCGACGAGGCCACCAGCGCCCUCGACGCGAAGGGCGAGCGCAUUGUGCAGGCGGCGCUCAACCGCGUCAUCCGCAACCGCACCACCGUCACCAUCGCGCACCGCCUGUCCACCAUCCGCCGGGCCGACAACAUCGUCGUCAUGCAGGCUGGGCGCGCGGUCGAGCAGGGCACGCACGAGGAGCUCGUCGCGGACCCCAGGGGCGUGUACUGCGGGCUCGUCAAGGCGCAGAUGUUGAAGAUGGCGGCUGCGGGUGACAGUGACGGGGAGACGAAGGGACAAGGACGAGGGCCAGAAAGAGCGUAUAACACCGAGUCAGAUGAAGAUGUAGCCAAGAUGGGGUAUGAUAACGCGGAAGACAUGGCUAGGGACAACGCCAUCAAGAACAACACCGGCACCGCACCCGACUCCUCCUCAUCCCCGACCCAGCCCAAGCCCCGCAGCCUCCUCCGCUCCUUCGGCGUGCUCCUCAUGCGCCAGCGCGCCCAGUGGCCGUGGUUUAUCUCCAUCGUCCUGGUAUCCAUGUGCGUCGCGGCCGCCACCCCCCUGCAGGCCUGGCUCUUCGCCCAGGUCGUCAACGUCUUCCUGCUGCCCCAGGGUGGAGCCGAGAUCAGGUCCCAGUCCAGCUUCUGGGGCCUCAUGUGGCUCGCCCUCGCCGGCGGCGUGGGCGUGUCGUACACGGCCCAGGGCUGGACGUCGCUGACGUCGCAGUACCACGUCAGCGCGGCCUGCAAGAAGCAGUACCUGCGCGACAUGCUCGACCAGCGCGUCGCCUUCUUCGACGACGACGCGCACUCGCACGGCGCGCUGAGCGCGCGCAUCGGCAGCGACGCCAAGCAGCUCGAAGAGCUGAUGGGCGUGAACCUGGCCUUCCUCGUCUCGGGCAGCUGGACGGUGGUCGGGUGCGUCGCCGUCGCGCUCGCCUUCGGCUGGAAGCUGGGCCUCGUGGCGCUGUUCGUCACCAUGCCGGUGCUGCUGGGCGCGGGCUACUGGAAGUACCGCCACGAGGUGCAGUUCGACGAGAUGAACACGCUCGUCUUCGCCGACUCGUCCCAGUUCGCGACCGAGGCCGUGGGCGCCAUCCGGACCGUCUACGCGCUGACCAUGGAGGCCGCCAUCGGCGAGCGCUACCGCGCGCUGCUGCGGGGCCACGUCGACGCGGCGUACCGCAAGGCGCUCUGGACGGCGGCGCUGUUCGGGUUCGCCGACAGCGCGAGCCUCGGCUGCCAGGCGCUCGUCUUCUUCUACGGCGGGAAGCUGCUCGCGAGCAGGGAGUACAACAUCGAGGCUUUCCUGGUGUGCUUCAUGGCCAUCAUCCAGGGGGCCGAGAACGCGAGCUCCGUCCUCGCGGCGGCACCCAGCGCCGCUCAGGCCAAGGCCGCGGCGAACCGCAUACUCGAUAUUGAGGAGUCAGCCGAUGCCCAGCGAGCUGCUAGCCACACAACCGCUGACGGGCAGCAGCAGCACCAACUGACAGAGAAGAAAACAGGCGGCGUCAGUAUCGAGUUGCGUGACAUCUCAUUCAAGUACCCCACGCGCAACAUCACAGUCAUAGACGACCUAUCCCUGACCAUAGAAAGGGGUCAAUACGCCGCGCUCGUCGGACCUUCAGGGUGCGGCAAGACGACCAUCAUCUCCCUUCUCGAGCGGUUCUACGACGUCGACACGGGCACCAUUUUCGUCGACGGCGUUCCUGUCGGCGACUCACCCCUAGACGCAUACAGGCGCGAAAUCUCUCUCGUUGCCCAGGAGCCGACCUUAUUCCGCGGCACCAUGCGGGACAACGUUCUCUUCGGCGUCGAGGACCCAUCUUCUGUGAGCGAGGAGCGCCUGCACCAAGUCUGUCGCGAUGCGUUCAUCCAUGACUUUAUCAUCUCGCUACCGGAAGGGUACGACACGGAUAUCGGGUUCAAGGGUCUGAGCAUGUCCGGCGGGCAGAAGCAGAGGGUUGCCCUGGCGAGGGCCCUGAUACGGGAGCCCCGACUGCUGCUGCUCGACGAAGCCACGUCCGCGCUCGACUCGGAGAGUGAGAAGGUGGUAUUGGCAGCGCUGGAGCAGGCGCGUGAGGGUCGUACCGUUGUGGCUGUUGCGCACCGACUGUCGACUAUUCAGAAUGCCGAUGUCAUCUUUGUACUUGAUGAGGGGAAGGUCAUUGAGAAGGGGACACAUGAGGAGCUUGUAGCGAGACAGGGAGUGUACUGGGGCAUGUGCCAAGCUCAAGCACUGGAUCAGUAA